UCAGAGGGCGGGACUUCCUUCCCGGAUUUGUGAGCGGUGGAAGCUCGAACUCGGCGGCCAGAAGCCGAGCCGGCCGCCGCCAUGAUCAAGAAGUUCGACAAGAAGGAUGAGGAGUCGGGGAGCGGCUCCAACCCCUUCCAACAUCUGGAGAAGAGCGCCAUCCUUCAGGAGGCUCGGAUCUUUAACGAGACCCCCAUCAACCCACGGAGAUGCCUGCACAUCCUGACCAAGAUCCUUUACUUGCUGAACCAGGGUGAGCAUUUCGGGACCACGGAAGCUACAGAGGCCUUCUUUGCCAUGACAAGAUUAUUUCAGUCCAAUGAUCAAACCUUACGGAGGAUGUGUUACCUGACCAUCAAAGAGAUGGCCAACAUUUCGGAGGAUGUUAUCAUCGUCACCAGCAGCCUGACCAAAGAUAUGACGGGGAAAGAAGAUGUGUACCGAGGGCCUGCCAUUCGAGCACUUUGUAGGAUCACAGAUGGCACCAUGCUGCAGGCCAUUGAAAGGUACAUGAAACAAGCCAUUGUCGACAAAGUCCCCAGUGUGUCCAGUUCGGCGCUGGUCUCAUCUUUGCACAUGAUGAAGAUCAAUUACGACGUGGUCAAGAGGUGGAUCAAUGAGGCCCAGGAAGCUGCUUCCAGUGACAAUGUCAUGGUGCAGUACCACGCUUUGGGGGUGCUCUACCACCUGAGGAAGAAUGACCGCCUUGCAGUUUCCAAGAUGUUGAACAAAUUCACAAAAUCGGGCCUAAAAUCCCAGUUUGCGUACUGCAUGCUGAUCCGGAUUGCCAGCCGCCUCUUGAAGGAGUCUGAAGAAGGGCACGACAACCCACUCUUUGAUUUCAUUGAAAGCUGCUUACGGAACAAGCAUGAGAUGGUCAUUUAUGAAGCUGCCUCUGCCAUCAUCCACCUCCCAAACUGCACAGCCAGGGAACUGGCCCCAGCUGUCUCAGUGCUUCAGCUCUUCUGUAGCUCGCCCAAGCCAGUCCUGAGAUACGCCGCAGUCAGAACCCUCAAUAAGGUGGCGAUGAAGCACCCCUCCGCCGUCACAGCCUGCAACCUGGACCUGGAGAACCUCAUCACGGAUUCGAACCGCAGCAUCGCCACCCUGGCCAUCACCACCCUCCUGAAGACGGGCAGCGAAAGCAGCGUGGACCGGCUCAUGAAGCAGAUCUCGUCCUUUGUGUCUGAGAUCUCAGACGAAUUCAAGGUGGUGGUCGUCCAAGCCAUCAGUGCCUUGUGCCAGAAGUAUCCACGGAAGCACAGCGUGAUGAUGACCUUCCUCUCCAACAUGCUCCGGGAUGACGGCGGCUUUGAGUACAAGCGUGCCAUCGUGGACUGCAUCAUCGGCAUCAUCGAGGAGAACCCCGAGAGCAAGGAGUCGGGGCUGGCGCACCUCUGCGAGUUCAUUGAGGACUGUGAGCACACGGUCCUGGCCACCAAGAUCCUGCACCUGCUGGGCAAGGAAGGGCCCCGCACGCCCGCCCCCUCCAAGUACAUCCGCUUCAUCUUCAACCGGGUGGUCCUGGAGAAUGAGGCCGUCCGUGCCGCUGCGGUCAGUGCGCUGGCCAAGUUUGGGGCCCAAAAUGAGAACCUUCUCCCCAGCGUCCUCGUCCUCUUGCAAAGGUGCAUGAUGGACAGUGACGACGAGGUGCGGGACCGAGCCACCUUCUACCUGAAUGUGCUUCAGCAGAGGCAGCUGGCACUCAAUGCGGCCUACAUCUUUAACGGUCUGACAGUCUCCAUCCCGGGGAUGGAGAAGGCCUUGCACCAGUACACAUUGGAGCCUUCGGACAAGCCUUUCGACAUGAGGUCCGUGCCGCUGGCCACAGCCCCCACCUUUGAGCAGAAGUCAGAGAUUGCCCUGGUGGCCAGCAAGCCGGAGAAACUGGCUCCUUCCAGGCAUGAUAUCUUUCAAGAACAACUGGCAGCCAUCCCGGAGUUCAAGAACUUGGGCCCGCUCUUCAAGUCUUCGGAGCCGGUGCAGCUCACCGAGGCCGAGACCGAGUAUUUUGUUCGGUGCAUCAAGCACGUCUUCCCGCACCACGUCGUCUUCCAGUUUGACUGCACAAACACCCUCAAUGACCAAUUGCUGGAGAAGGUGACGGUGCAGAUGGAGCCCUCGGAAGCCUUUGACGUCCUCCGCUGCAUCCCAGCCCCGAGCCUCCCCUACAACCAGCCGGGGAUGUGCUACACACUGGUCCGGCUACCCAUGGACGACCCCACUGCAGUGGCCUGCACCUUCAGCUGCACCAUGAAGUUCACCGUCCGAGACUGCGACCCCAACACCGGCGUGCCAGACGAAGAUGGAUACGACGACGAAUACGUGUUGGAAGACCUGGAGCUGACCCUGUCUGACCACAUUCAGAAGGUCCUGAAGCCCAACUUCGCUGCCGCCUGGGAGGAAGUGGGCGACGACUAUGAGAAGGAGGAGACCUUUGCGCUCAGCACCAUCAAAACCCUGGACGAAGCGGUCAACAACAUUGUGAAGUUCCUUGGCAUGCAGCCCUGCGAGAGGUCGGACAAAGUGCCCGAGAACAAGAAUUCCCACACCCUCUACCUGGCGGGUGUGUACCGAGGCGGCUUAGACGUCCUGGUGAGAGCGAGGCUGGCCCUUGGGGACGGAGUGACCAUGCAGGUGACGGUCCGCAGCAUCCUGGAGACCCCCGUGGACGUCAUUCUGGCCUCCGUCGGCUAAGAGUUGCGGCAGCCCAAGCCGGAACUAUGCCAUCCGGAAGGCACUCCGGGGAUCGACCAUACCGCAUGUUUUGGGGUUUUUUGUUUCUCCUCCGCUCUCUUGACCCACACAGUCAUUGCGUGUCGGCUGAAAGGGAAAGUGUCUUCUCUUCUGUGCCACGAAAGCUGGGAUGACGCCCUUCUUUUCCUUCCCAGCUCCACUCCGUCAUUCCUGUAUAAACUAUUGUUUCUGUGCUGUCGUUAGAAUCCAGGAAAUUUUUUUAAAGAGCCAAACUUUUCACCAAUGGAUUUUUAUUAGCAGAAAAUAAAACAGGGCGCAUUGA